AUGACUGAAUUGAGUAUCGAUUUGACUGCUCCCAAUGGCAGAACAUACAAGCAACCCUUGGGUUUGUUCAUCAACAAUGAGUUUGUGCGAGCAAAAUCUGGCGCCACCAUCACAAGCAUUUAUGCAGCCGACGAGACAGAGAUUGCGACAGUGCAAGCAGCAGGCUCAGAGGACGUCAACAUUGCAGUCAAAGCUGCCAAAUAUGCCCUCAAGAGUCCGGAAUGGAAGCUCUUGCCUGCAACAGACCGUGGCAUUAUGAUGAACAAACUUGCAGACCUCAUGGAGACAAACAUUGAGUUACUUGCUACUAUCGAUGCGUGGGACAAUGAGGCUUUGACAGGAGAUCUUCCCGAGGCCAUCGGUACCAUCAGGUACUAUGCUGGUUUCGCCGACAAGUCGUUCGGUCAGACGAUCAGUACCACGCCACAGAAGUUUGCGUAUACCAUUCGACAGCCCAUUGGAGUUGUUGGACAAAUCAUUCCUGUGAGUAACGCUUCAGUUGUUAGAUGUUGGUUUGUCAUGCUAAUCUCGUCCAGUNGGAACUAUCCUCUGUCUAUGGCCUGCUGGAAGCUCGGACCCGCUUUGGCAUGCGGCAACACUGUCGUCCUCAAAGCCGCUGAGCAAACCCCUCUGAGCAUAUUGGUCUUUGCAAGCUUAGUCAAAGAGGCAGGCUUUCCGCCCGGCGUGGUAAAUCUGAUCAAUGGAUACGGCAGAGAGGCUGGUGCAGCCCUUGUUAGUCAUCCAGAUGUGGACAAGAUCGCUUUUACUGGAUCAACAGCGACUGCUCGCAUAAUCAUGAAGCUUGCGGCUAGCACUCUCAAAAACAUUACUCUCGAGACCGGAGGCAAGUCUCCGCUCCUGGUGUUUGAUGAUGCUGAUCUGGAGCAAGCUGUGAAAUGGUCCCACUUCGGCAUCAUGUCUAAUCAAGGUCAAAUUUGCACGGCCACAUCGAGAAUCUUGGUGCAGAGGAAUAUUUACGCAUCGUUCGUCCAGGCCUUCAAGGAUAGAGUCAUGUCGACUAGUGUGGUUGGCGAUCCUUUCGAGGAGAAGACCUAUCAAGGUCCGCAGGUCACAAAGCAGCAAUACGACAGCGUUCUCUCUUUCAUAGAACGCGGAAAGUCUGAGAAUGCAACUUUGGUCUGCGGUGGAGGUCCCGUGGAAGGAACUAAGGGCUACUACGUUGCCCCUACCGUUUUUUCCGACGUCACCGACGAUAUGACAAUAUACCAAGAGGAAAUCUUUGGUCCAGUGGUCGUCAUCUCUAGUUUUGAAACCGAGGACGAAGUAGUCACCCGAGCGAAUAACACAACAUAUGGUCUGGGUGCCGCUGUCUUUACANAAGACCUCCAGCGCGCCCAUAGAGUCAGCGCCGAGAUAGAAGCAGGCAUGGUGUGGGUGAACAGUAGCCAAGACUGUGACCCACGCGUACCAUUUGGCGGUGUCAAGCAAAGUGGUAUAGGGCGCGAGCUCGGCGAAGCAGGUCUGGAGGCAUACUCGCAGAUCAAAGCAGUGCAUAUCAACAUGGGAAAUAACCUCUAG